UUAACAUUGAGGCUAGGUUCACACUCAUGCGUGCGGUACAUCGCAUGUGAUUCACACAGGGACCUCACCUCAUUCCUGUGCAAAUCACAUGCGAAUUCUGUGCAGUGCGAUUUCAGCCAUAUAUUAUGCUACCAGGGGCGGACUGACCAUUUAGGCACUUGGGCACUGCCCGAGGGCCCCGGGGUCAGUAGGGGGCCCCAUGAGAUGCCCCUGCUACCUUUCAGAGGCUGUUUUGGGUGUGGUUUGAGUGUGGGCAAGGACACAGGGGCCCCAUGAUCCCCUAUUGCCCGGGGGCCCCAUGAGUUGUCAGUCCGCCCCUGCUCACUACCGAACAUUC